UUUUUGUCAUAAGUCACAAAUGCAUACUCGGCAGCGUUAGUACAGAUAGUAGAGGUAUUUGUAGUACAAGAUAGUUGGUAGGAUAGUUAUUUGACUUAUAAAAAUGAUCAGGUUAGCAAUAUCUAAUUUUGUAAUUGUUGGAAUUUAGAUAUACCUAUUUGCUACUUCACGCAUUUAAUUCUAGGACAAGUUAGUUCGAAUAUUCGAUCAAAACUAGGCUAGAUAUAUCACAGUAAAGUUUUAAAGACUCAAAUAACAACUUGCAAGAUAUUGCAGACCAGAAUGGUGGCAAGUUUUCGCUGGUACAUUGCUUCCGCUGUGUUACUUUUCUUUAUUGGUGCGAUUUUUGAAUCAGCUGAAGCAAAUAAUGACACCUCUGAAGAUUUCGAUCGUGAUUUAAUAUUUUGGGCAAUGAAAAGGCGAAUAUUCUUUUUGCACAAGACUUAUGCCUAUUUCACCGACCCGAAUCAAAAUUCGAACGACAGCACAGAGCUCAACAAAAAAUUACUUUUUCAAAGUCUCUGGAAUGGUGAAAUAUGGGCUAUAGCCGCAGAUUAUCAUGCAAAGAGACUCUACUACAGUGACCAUGCUGGAAAUUUCAUCGGUGUUUAUGACCUAAAGACGAAAGAACACAAGAAGGUUUUCCAAGGAAUGGCUUGGGGAAUCGACAGCCUUUCAGUAGAUUGGGUAUCAGGAAAUGUUUACUGGACUGAUUCAAAUUUCAAAUGGAUAAUGGUGGCAAAUCGAAACUUCAGCCACUACAGAAAUUUGUUUUCGAUAGACAGCGAAAUACCGGCUAAAGUGGCGGUUGACCCGCCUGAUAGGUAUAUUUAUUGGACCGAAAAGCGUGAAGACGACUGCCGUAUAUGGAGGAGUAGUUUAGAAGGAUAUUCACAUCAACUUUUACAUACCUUUCCUGAAGUACAAACUAUUAGCGAUGUUGCCAUUGACUUUGUCAAUCAUAGAUUUUACUGGACAGAGCGCCUAAAAGAAAGAGGAGGAAUAAGUCGCAUCAGAUAUUUCGGGUUAAAAACAAGGCGUGAUAUUGAAACCAUUCAUGAAGUUUAUUCCACAAAUUCAUCAUACUUUUUUGGCUUGGCAUCUUACAAAAAUAAUUUGUACGUAACUGACGAUCUACGCAAAUCGAUGUUUCUUAUCGACAAAAAUACAAACGAGAUCGUACAAUCAUAUGAUUUUGACUAUUCGCAAAUACCCAGAGGAGUCACAGUUUUCAGCAAAUAUGAACAACCCUUUUCGGAAGAAGAUAAAACUCACGAAUGUACAAAAAGUCCAUGUCAGCACAUUUGUGUCGCCAGAUACGGAAUAAACCAAUAUUCGUGUGAAUGCAGGACAGGAUUCAGAAUACAAUCUGAUGGUAGAAGUUGUCGUGCCAGUAUGAUUUUUGAUAAUUUUGUGCUUAUGUUGGAUGGAAAACAUUCAAAAAUAUACCAGAUGAAUAUGGGAAGUCCAAUAGCACCACAGGAAGUUGAAGUGCAAAACCUAAGAAUGCCUACUUCUGUAGCUUACGAUCCUAAUACCAAGUUAGUGUACUGGGCCGACGAGAGAACAAGAACUGUAUCACGAGCUGAUUUAUUUGGUCGAUACCAGACGGUCCUUGUCAAUGAGUCCCAAGUGUAUUCUGUUGCGCUUGAUGUGGACUCUCAAAAUAUGUAUUGGGUCGACUCAGAAAGAGACGCAAUGUAUGUAUCGAAGCUAGAUGGUUCGUAUCCACAUAUGCUUCACGUACAAGAUUUACAUAGAGUGUGGGCUAUGACUAUUGACACGAAGCGAGGGUUCCUUUAUUGGUCUGAUUGGGGGCAGUUAUCCUUUUCCGGCUUGCAAUCCGGGGUUAUAUCAAGCUCGCGGUUGGAUGGAAGUGAUAAAAAAGUUAUAGUGCAAUCGAAAUCGACACCUCAUGGUUUGUCCCUCGACAUAGAAGGAAAUGUGCUUUACUGGACAGAAAUAAAAGAAAAUGCCAUUGGUUGGCUAAAUCUGAACGACCAAACCAAUGGAAAAUACAAAAUGCCGUCAACAAAGAAACGUCCCUUCCCUACCGGGAUAGCAUAUUACCAAAAUUAUCUCUAUGUAUCCGAUAUGGGAAGCAAAAAUCUCGUUCGUGUGAGUGUUCAUGAUGUGAUGAGGUCGAAGAACAAUACAGGAACAACAGAUGAAGUUCGUCAGUUCGGGCCCCAAAUGUUUUAUCAACUUUCCGCCUUAUAUGUGUAUGACAGCAGUACGUUUCACAACGGUAAAAGUCCUUGUGCAGAAUCCAACUGUCCUCAUCUCUGCCUUCCGGUUCAUACUUCCAGUGACGUCACAUAUAAAUGCGUGUGUCAGAAUCAUUAUGAAUAUAUUUCUGCCAACAACUCAUGUGUCCAAGUGGCUUCAACAAAUGACAACGAGGCGCCUGAUUUUGGAGACACCUGUCCUGAUGAUAUCAAAAUACAGACAGAUGAAUGCAGCGAUGAGGCUGAACUUAAUUUUACUGUUCCAAACCCCACCGAUAAUUUAGGACAACCGGUCACAUUAAGAAGUUUUUACAAUAUGGAACCCCCUGUCAAGUUGAAAGAAGGUUUUUAUACAUUUUCAUACAAUGCAAUGGAUGGAAGUGGAAAUAGAGCGACUUGCACUUUCAGAGUAAAUGUGGUUGUACGAAACUGUUACAGUAUUUUAUUGAAAUCAUCAACACCAAGCGAAGCAGUGUUGGGAAAACCAUCGUGUGGAAAUAAAGUAGGAUCGUUAAUAAAUGUAACAUGUCCCGAAAUUUCAGGAAUCGCUUUUCAAUAUGAAUGUCAAGAAGAUUCAAGAUGGGCUGUCAUUGGGCCUGAAUCGUGUGACGAAGAGGUUAGAGCAGCGUACACGACUCCUACACCGACCACAUCAGCGUUGUCCACAACUUUUAGUACUGUCAAAGCAACUACAGUGCUAAAGAAAGCAACUACAAGAAAACCUUCUUCGAGGUCGUCUACGACGAUGACAGCUUCAAUCAGUCCUGUUCCACGAAUAGAUGAUCUGAAAACUACAGCCAUGAACAAAGGUGAAAGCACAACAAAAUCAAUAAAGGAACCUUCACACGCACCGGGUACAGGGGCAAAGAGUAAAACUGGACUUAUUGUAGGCCUGGUCAUCGCGUUAAUCGUACUUUGUGCCGUGGUAGCGGCAAUUGUUGUUGUCAUAAAAAGGCGGAAAGGAAAAGGAUUCAUUCCUGGAACAAACUGGGACCGUAAUGCAGAUCGUGUUCAAUUGACUGGCGCGAGCACCGAGAGCGGUAUAUAUCUCGGAGACACACCUCAAGAACUACCAGUCUUCUCUCCAGCAUCUGAUAAAUUGAUUCUCUAAUAUAUGUAACUGCUGCUUAUAUUGCAACUGUUUUUGUGCCUUGUAUCUGUCACUGUCUUUGAUCGGAUAUUAAAAUAAUUUUUAUUUGUUUUCAUUAUUUUCCGAUUAAUAUUGUGUUCAUAAAACCACUUCUGUUUUAUAAAAUUAGUGAAUGCGUGAGUGCAAUGGAAGACUUAGAAAUUCACUGCCAGUUUCUAAAAUUUAAUAUAGGAUUAACAAUAUUUUACUUCGUUUUUUAAUCCGUAAAAAGUUCACAAUCUUUUUCUGGAAAUUAUAAAUUGAUGGCAGUCUGGAUAUUUCUCUGUACACGUAUACUUUCUACUGACUCUCUAAGUUCCGAGUUGCUUUUAUGCGCAUUAGGCGUCAUUGAAAAAAGUAUCUUUGAGAAGAGAUUUAAUAAUGUACGAUAGACAUGCCCAUAAGCCGUACUGGUAUAUCAGAUUUGCCUUAUAACUUUCAAAAGGAUAUCACCACUCUUCAUUAAGCAUUGUUUCCUAGCUUUCGUCAUUAUUUAUAUCUGUAAAAUUCAUUGCAAUAUAAUUUUAUUAUUUAUUGUUUUUGCCCGGUUUUCGUCAUUACGUGAUCAAGAGUUUUAUUUUCUGUGUACAACUAUUACUAUGUUAAUUUGCAUAUAUAAAAAUUGCCAAUCUUUUCUAUUCUCUUUGCUUUAUCUAUAUAUUCACGUCUUAUUUGAUUUUUGAACGAGAAUUGGGAGUAUUCCUAAAUUGACCAAUGGUACUAGAAGAGUCAAAUAAGAAUAGAUUGUUUUUGACAAUUUGCUGAACACGACCUCAUGUUUAUCAGUAAAUUUUUGUCAUUCACUAAGCUGGAACGUUCAACAUGUAACGAGCAUUAUAAUGCUGCCAUCGCGUGCAAGUGGUGACUGUGGGCAUCCUUAUCGGGAUGAGGGGCCAGGUUUACAUUUCACUCAUCGGUCGAUACUAACUCUGCUUUAUUGCAUAAAAUCACCUGACCAUUAUUGGAAUUAUACAUUCAACUUAGAAAUUCUAUAUAAUUGUUAUUGUGUAACAAAUAACAAUGAAUAUAUUAUGCAUGCUCAAAAAAUAGGCCUACUGAAUCUACGAAAAUAUUUGAAUUUGGUUGGUUUUAAGUGCCUAUUAUGUCGUAUAUUUAUUUGCUUUGAAAUGAAAAUUCUAGGUCUUCCCAAUGCAAUCUUUAUUAUUGAUUUCGAGUUGACAAUCGAGUUAUAUUGUUUGCUGGGCACUCAUAAUUUGUUCAUAGCGACGAGACUGAUGGUACUAUCCGUUAUUAUAUAACGAUUUAGCACUGUCAACUUGUGUGUUCGAAUACAUAUUUCCAAUUCUG